GCACGGCCCCGCGGCGGAGCCCGCUGAGGGCGAGGGCGGGAAAGGCGCCCUGAGGGCACAGGAAUCUCUGCAGAAUGGCAACUGCUCAGAAGCAAAGGAAUUCUGUGAGUGCAGUUGUAUUUCCCAAGAAAAUUGCCACGGAGCAGCAAUCCCUGAUGCUGGUGAAGAGGCUCCUGGCAGUGGCAGUGUCCUGCAUCACUUACCUGAGGGGAAUCUUCCCUGAAAGUGCCUAUGGAACCAGAUACAUGGAUGAUGUUUGUGUGAAAAUUCUGCGGGAAGACAAAAACUCUCCUGGCUCUAGCCAGCUGGUGAAAUGGAUGUUGGGAUGCUAUGAUGCCUUGCAGAAGAAAUACCUGAGACAGAUUGUCCUAGCAGUUUAUACCCAGACAGAAGAGCCUCAGACAGUCACUGAGUGUUACCACUUCAAGUUCAAGUACACCCACAAUGGGCCACUCCUGGAUUUUGGCAGCAAGGACAAGUCGGAGUGCCCCAUCAGCUGUGCAGACACCAAGAGGGCCAGCAUCCUCCUCAUCCGCAAGAUCUACAUCCUGAUGCAGAACCUGAGCCCCCUGCCCAGCGACGUCUGCCUCACCAUGAAACUCCUCUACUAUGAUGAGGUUACCCCCCCUGAUUACCAACCCCCAGGCUUCAAGGAGGCCAAGGACGAGGGGCUGCUGUUCCAGGAGGAGCCCAUGUACCUGAACGUGGGGGAAGUGCCAACACCUUUCCACCUGCUGAAACUGAAAAUCACCACCGAGAGACAGCGCAUGGAGAAUGUUGAUAAGAGCAUCCUAAAGCAGGGAGAGACUGCUGAGCCUCUCCAGGUGUGUGGGGUGAGCAGAGAUGACCCAGAGGAGGAGAGCCAGGACAUGAAUGAGGAUCCUGCCUUGGAUAAUGAAGUGGAAGAUAAGAAUCAUGUGAAUAUUUCAGAAGCUCAAGGAAAGAAUUCAGCUCAUGGAGAUGAAGCUGGAGGGAUCCAGACUCCUGCCCAUGUUUCCAAUCCUCAGGUUGAUCAUUUGACCCGAAAAACAUCUGAGCUGAUUGUGUCAGAGAGCAGGACAAGAAGUGGAAAGAUAUUCCAAAGCUGCAUUCUGCACCAGGCUGAGCCCUCCUCCAGCCAGGAGGUGCUGCCCAAGAGGAGGAAGCUCAGCGAGCCCAAGGAGCAGUUUUAGUUGCCCAAAAGGAGGAAAUUCAGCAAUUCCAAGGAGCAGUUUUAGUUGCCCAAAAGGAGGAAAUUCAGCAAUUCCAAGGAGCAGUUUUGGUUGCCCAAAAGGAGGAAAUUCAGCAAUUCAAAGGAGCAGUUUUAGUUGCCCAAAGGAGGAAAUUCAGCAAUUCCAAGGAACAGUUUAAUUGCCCUAAAGGAAGAAGCUCAGCAAGCCCAAGGAGCAGUUUUACUUGCCCAAAAGAAGAAGCCCAAGGAGCAGUUUUAUUUGCUCAAAGGAGGAAAUCCAGCAAUUCCAAGGUGCAGUUUUAGUUUCCCAAAGGAUGAAGCCCAAGUAUCAGUUUUAGUUGCCCAAAAGGAGGAAGCUCAGCAAUUCCAAGGAGCAGUUUUGGUUGCCCAAAAGAAGCCCAAGGAGCAGAUUUAGUUGCCCAAAGGAGGAAAUUCAGCAAUUCCAAGGAGCAGUUUUAGUGCCCAAAAGGAGGAAAUUCAGCAAUUCAAAGGAGCAGUUUUGGUUGCCCAAAAGGAGGAAAUUCAGCAAUUCCAAGGAACAGUUUUGGUUGCCCAAAAGAAGCCCAAGGAGCAGAUUUAGUUGCCCAAAAGGAGGAAAUUCAGCAAUUCCAAGGAACAGUUUAAUUGCCCUAAAGGAAGAAGCUCAGAGAGCCCAAGGAGCAGUUUUAGUUGCCCAAAAGAAGAAGCUCAAGGAGCAGUUUUACUUGCCCAAACUGAAGCUCAGCAAGCCCAAGGAGCAGUUUUAGUUGCCCAAAAGGAGGAAAUUCAGCAAUUCCAAGGAGCAGUUUUAGUUGCCCAAAGGAUGAAGCUCAGCAAUUCCAAGGAUCAGUUUUAGCUGCCCAAAGGAUGAAGCCCAAGGAGCAGUUUUAGCUCCCCAAAGGAGGAAAUUCAGCAAUUCCAAGGAGCAGUUUUAGUUGCCCAAAAGGAGGAAAUUCAGCAAUUCAAAGGAGCAGUUUUAGUUGCCCAAAAGGAGGAAAUUCAGCAAUUCCAAGGAGCAGUUUUACUUGCCCAAACUGAAGCUCAGCAAGCCCAAGGAGUAGUUUUAGUUGCCCAAAGGAGGAAAUCCAGCAACUCCAAGGAGCAGUUUUAGCUCCCAAAAGGAGAAAAUUCAGCAAUUCCAAGGAGCAGUUUUAGUUGCCCAAAAGAAUAAAGCUUAGCAAUUCCAAGGAGCAGUUUUAGUUGCCCAAAAGGAUGAAGCCCAAGGAGCAGUUUUAGUGCCCAAAAGGAUGAAAUUCAGCAAUUCUAAGGAUCAGUUUUUGUAGCCCAUCUCCCUCUGUCCCAAGUUCUCCACUCCUGUUGCUUGUUCACUGUUGGUUUGAAGGAUCUGUUCUGCUCCAUCAGCAGUGCCAUGAAGAUGUUUCUUAAGGAAGGAAAAUGUCAGCAAGCCCAGCUGAGGAAUUCCAGACUCAUUUUGUACAGAAAUCCUUGGAUUUUUGGGGCUUUGUGGGUUGGCUCCAGGUCCUGAUGGUGAUGGAGGAGACUCAUCCCCAGCACAAGGUUUCAGCAGUGGGCUCUGGUUCUGAGCCUGCCCCAGAACCUCUCCAGUUUUGGGGUGAUUUCUGGAAUUUUCCACAGGGCUGGGCUGUCAGUUAGAGGCUGUUACAGUUUUUGCAGUUCCGGUUUUUGCCUUUCCCACCGGGAUAAUUGGAGGAGUCGGACGCUCUGCGUUUCUCCCGGAGCAGAAUCACCAUGCUCAGGUGAAGACCAAGCUCUCUUCAUGCUUUAAAUUCCAGGCUCGCUGCCAGAACGCAGGAAUUUCGGUCUGCGUGGCUCCUCUGCUCGGUUCCAAGGAGCACCGGGAGAGCCCGGUUGAGCUCAGAACGGUUUAAGGCAGGGCUGGGACCCGGUACCGAGCCCUCCGGCACCCCCGAACCGUUCGUUCGGUGUCGGGGAACGGGAGUGAAGGGCGGGGACAGCGGAAGGUCCCUGGCGGGUUUGGCUGUUAAAUGAACAAUGUCCGUUCGUCAUUAAACGGCGUUCAGCUCGGA